AUAAGCUGGACCGGCCCACUAAAUAACAAGGAUGUGAAAAUUACUUCUACAUUUAACUUUUAACCUAAUAGGAAACUCUUCUCCAGGAAUCGACUCAUCCAGCGACAAAUCUUCUCCAGGAAUCGAGCAACUCAGCGAUCAUAUCUCCAAGAAUCUUCGAGGCGAAACUCUCUGCAGGAAUCGAGCUCUUCUAGCUCAGCUUUGACAUUGAACCUCUAAAUCGUGCUCCAUCUCUUGGUAUUCAAAUCAUCCAGCAUAAAUUAAAUUGUGUGGUUAAGUGGUGAGAAUGUGAGUAGGCUGUGCCAAAGGCCCAAAACAUGUAGCAUACAUUGUGAGGAUGUGGGUCCCCAUUUGCUCAGGACCGGCCGCGCCACAAACCUUUGAGAUCAUUAGGUUAGGUGUAGAAUGAAGUUAAUAUCAGGGAGAGUAAUUUCAUCAAGGGUGGUUUCCCUCUCAGACGCCGCCACUAUCAUAUCAAGCUUCGCCGCCUCGGAAACUGGAGCUUCCGAUGCCAUAUCAGUAUAUGUUCGCCGCGCCGCUGAUGCAUUCAAUCAGCUGGCUAUGUUUCACAAUCUCUAUAGUUCGGGGCCUGUUGGAAAGGAUCAUCCCCGUGAUGAGAACCAGCUGAAAAGUUUGAGGAGUGUGGCAGAAGAAGUAGUGAAGUCCGAGGAAUGCCCAGAAAUGAAUCAUCAUAAACGUAAGAAGAAGAGGCCAGGGAACCGCGAUUCAGAUAUCAAAAGCAAUGAUUUGGUUAAAACAGACCUUGACUCUGCUGCUGCUGCUGCCACAAUAGAAGAUGUCCGGGAUAAGAUGAGUCAUAGUGCUGAGAAGGUGAAGGCUGAGGAAAAGAUAAAGGAGGUCGAGGAUGUGAAGACUGAAAGCAACUCAGUUGAGGGAGAUAGUAGAAAGAAGGGCAAGAAAAGGAAAAAGGUAGAGGGGGAGACAUUGGUGGUUGAGACCAAGAAGAGGAAGAAAUUGAUGGAGGUGUAGAGAGCAGUAAGAAGAGUAAGAUGCAGAAGAGAGAAGGGAAAUAAUUUGGAAUGGAAAGGCCAGAGCUAUUGGUAGCUAAUCUGCCAACAUGAACUUAUAGUUAGUCACUUGCUGUUUUAUUCAAAAUGAUGAUCGUUUUCUCCUUAUCUCAUGAAUCAAAAUGCUUCUCAGACAUACAAGUAGUUAGUUAGCUGUCUCUUAAAGCAAGCAGCAGAAUAUUUCACAUUUGCCGAAGAUCGGAAGUUAGUAUGGAUGGAUGAAGCUGUGCCAGUGUGUUUAUGCACUUGUGAUGCGGUGUGGUGUUUACUAAGUGCUGCUGUGUGAUCUUCUAUUUUAUUACAUGAUGACAGUGGAAACCUCACUUCAGUAUAAAUAUUCACUAUCUUGAAUUGAAUUUUGAAAUAUUCAAUCUUGAAACCAAUGCUGCAGGCUACUUUUGUAUGUUGUAUACUUGCUGCAUAAACUGCUGCUAGUGCCGCUCUGAUGAAAUCGUCGAUGUAUGGAGUGACAAUUGUGCUGGAUAUUAUCCCAAAAAAAAAUUGUGCUGGAUAUCUCAUUUACCUUCCCAGCUAUA